GUGUAUUUCUCUUCAAAGGUAACUUGUACCAAGAUGAGACGACUGUGGAAGGUCGCGACGCUUUUGAUGCUGCAAUUAAAUAAAUAAUUAUAGAUUAUAAUAUUCUAUAAUGAACACGACUGAAAAAAUUGCAACGAAAAAUUUGUCUUGGCAUUGGAGAAAAUGAAGCCAUGUCAAGAAUAACAAGAAGGCUUGUUUAACACACCCUAUUUUUUUUUUAUUAUUAUUAUUGAUUGAUUUAUUUUAUUUAUUUAUUUAUUUUUUUUCUGUGAGCAGGACGACCAUCAUGAGACGUGACAUAGACCCCACUCAUGCGUGCAGACUGGAGGCGGUACACCCGUACAUAGUGGACGUCGGCAUUUUUCAGCAGCCAAUCACUGCCGGGCCUUGAACAAACUCCUCCUCCUUGUCAGUGUGUAUAAUAUGAGCGUAAAUUGACGGAACGCCCACAACGAGAAGUGUCCUGUACGAGUAAGAUCAACAAGUGUUGUGGUCAGCUAAAAAAAAAAAAAAAAAAAAAAAAACUAAUCCAUAAGUGUAUUUCCCUUCAGAAAUAACUUUCACCAAGAUGAGACAACUGUGGCGGGUCGCGACGCUCUUGCUACUGCAAUGGCUGGAGGUGACGGCUACUACUACCUCGGCCGCCAGUGGUCAAUCAUCACCCUCCAUCUUCCCAACAUUCAUGACGCACGCAAGGCAGACCAAACACACUAGACACAUUCACCUGACCCAUACCCUGGAUGAGGCAGGCUCGUCGCUGAGUGCCGCUCUGCUCACUCUCAUCUCCCGCGAGUUGGCGAGCUGCUCGCUGGUGGUGGCUGCCGACGCAAAAUACAUCACAUCUCCCGUGCUGCACGCCCUGGCGUGCCUUCCUAAUCAAAAACAGGUGGUGAGCGUGGCUGGCGGAUGGGAAAAGGCCGGCAGGCGAGUGAUGUGGCAGGCGCCAGGGUGCCGAGCUUACAUCUUCCUGCUACACCAGGCAGGGGUCCUUCUUUCCCACUCCAACGCCGCACCCUCCUCAUGGGACUAUGCUGGCAGGUACGUGUUUGUUGGGCUCACACGAGAGGACUUGGUGGCCCUGACGCUGACUCACAAGGGAAGGAAGACCGAACACCUGGUGGGGAUCGUGCAGGUGAGGCUUACAAUUAUUGUGCUUGAUCUUCUUGUCCGAUUUGCAGCGUUUCCUCCUUAUUUUAUGAUGAAGGUUUUAAUCACGAAAAGUCUAUUUCUGGGUCCCCCUUCCGAGGUAGUGCACCAUGCUAGCGAGAGGGAUAUAAUCGCGGCCCAGAGGAAACUUGAUAAAAAAACGCAACUAUCCCACACCUGGUAAAAAAAAUUAACCAGGCUGUACUAGAACUGUUGGACCCAAACGAGAUAGAUGAGAACACGAUCCGGGCAGCUGACAGCUUGCGCUCCCCAACCUCAUCGGUUCUAUCUUAACGACUCCCUUCCGGAGUCCGUAGAAAAAGGGGACCUGUCACACGGAGGGGAUGGAGGGGUGGGAGUUCGAAGGCCGUGCACUAGCUCUGUCAUGAACCCAAAAAUAAGCUUUUCGUACCUCAGUCGUCAUUUCAGGUACCUUGCCCAGCUAUUGCACUUUGCUGCCACCCACUAGGAUUCAGGGCGAGAGACCCUGUUUUCCCCUGGAAGGAGAAUGGAAGACUGCUGCAUGACAUCCAUUUAUAAGA